AUGAACAACCAAGGAGACAAAACCUCUUCUUCUUACUCUCUCCCCCGUCCAUGGACCCAUGAAGUCUUCUUCAGCUUCAGCUGUGAAGACACACGUAAGGGAUUCACUGACCACCUCUACGCCGCUUUGACUCGGGCCGGGAUUAACACAUACAGAGACGAGAAUGAACUCAGGAGAGAAGAAGAUAUCUCCUUGGAAGUGGUGAAAGCCAUUGAAGAAUCAAGGAUUGCACUAAUAGUUUUCUCCAAGAAUUAUGCUUCUUCAAGAUGGUGCCUCGAUGAGCUGGUGAAGAUCCUUGAAUGUAAGAGAACAAUCGGUCAAACGGUUCUCCCGAUCUUUUAUUACGUGGAUCCAUCUGAUGUUCGGAAACAGAGUGGGACUUUUGCGCAAGCAUUUGAUAGGCAUGAGAUUCAGUUCAAGUUGGAGACGGAGAAGGUGGCGAGCUGGAGGAAAGCACUCACUGAAGCAGCGAAUUUGUCUGGGUGGGAUUUGCAGAACAUUGCAAAUGGGUAA